UCUCUGCUGGUGCCCGGGAGCCGCCGGGGCCGCCGCGGCAGCGCCAUCGGCCUGGGCUCGGUGGAAGAGGCGCUGCUGGUCCCCGGGAAAAGCCCGUCCCGGCGGCGGCCCGGCCCGCUCGGCUCGCGCCGCUCCAGCGCCAUCGGCAUCGAGAGCAUCCAGGAGGCGCCGGGCAGGGACGGCCCCGCCCCGGGGAACGACGGCACCUCCUCAGCGCACAGCUCUCCCGAGAGCCGGCGGAACCCCGACAGGGCGGAGAGGCCGGAGCCUCUGCAGGACUUCUCCCGCUCGUCCUCCAGCGCCAGCAGCUUCGGCAGUGUGGCCGAGGAGCCAAACGAGCACCCCGUGGGCGAGCCAGACAGGGACAGCCGCUCACCUUUGGGGACCCCCCGGCAGCGCAACGCCUCUGCCGACCCCCCCUGGCCAGAGGAGCCCCCUGGCACUCCCCCAGGCAGUGCUCGCCACCCCGAGAUCAAAAUCCAGCUGGAGCGGCCCCCCCCGACCCCGUGCCCCCCACUGCUCGCAUCCAGGAGCCGAAGCCAUCAUCCCUGCUGCGGGACUGGACUCCUCCUUGGGGUCCCCCCACAAUUCCAGACAAUCUCCUUCACCCCCAGUGCCCCCUCUGGGGGGGUUGGCUGGGCAUAGGGACGCACACAGCACAGCGCCCCUCCCCCCCGACCCCAAA